AUGAGCCACAGCCCACUCUCUCUUGCGGCCGAGAGUCUGCGCAAGCAGAUUAAAGAUAUAGUUGCCGAAGCUACCCCUAAGCCAUCCCAGUCACAGCAUACAGAUUCAACUAUCUUUGAGGAAGAUAAAAAUGGAAACAAAGUUUACGACGGAAUGUUCCUUGACAAGAAAGUAACUGAGUUGAUUAAGGAGAUGGAACUUGGAGAUGGGUUAGGAUGGAGUCUGGCAUACUUUGCCCAGCCAAGACUGAUCUCUAACAAAUUCGGCCGCAUGUGGCUUGUGCCCCUAUCUGAAAAGGCAAUUAUCACACCCGGUAUAGCUUUGAAAGAAGGUUUCUGCACCCUUAUCAAGGAUCACCCAACCCUCAGCUUAGGUUCAACGGUUAUUUUUAUUGCACCUAAAUAG